AUGUCGCAGAUACAGGAUGAGCAGAGGGGAGGCGGCCCUCCCCUAACGUCAACAACUCAACUCAACCCCCCUCAGACCGGUACCGCCCAAGAGGAUGGACAGCUCCAAGCCGAGCACCAGGGACUUCACCCACUCCGCCACCACCACUCCAUCCUCUCAGAGACCGAAGAAGAGCUGACGGAGGAAGAGCUCAUCGAGUACGAGAAGGGUGUUCUGACCUGGGAAAAGGCCAAGAACUGGAGGUUUUGGCUGAGGAAAGAGUGGGCAUGGUACUAUGUCGCUUUUGUGCUUAUUGUUGUGGUGGUGGCCUUGAUGGCAUUCUUCCAUCACUCGAUCAUCAACUGGUUGUCGCCUUUCGUGAAACGGCUACGCGAGCUGAAGGGCGGAUUUGCUAUUCCAGCAGCCAUCCUAUUUGUACUCUCUUUCCCUCCGUUGUUUGGUAACGAAAUUGUGAUUGUUCUGGUCGGGUUGGUAUGGGGUCUCGGCAAAGGAUUUGCUAUCGUCGUCGUCGGCCUAGGAUUAGGAGAGUUCUGCGUCUUUCUAAUGUUCAAGCACUGGUGCCAUACUCGAGCUCAGCGCAUGACUCGCAAGUCACUCAACUAUGCGUGCUUGGCGCAAGCUAUCCAGGAUGGAGGACUGUUGAUGGCAUGGAUCGUUCGGCUGAGUGUCAUUCCCACACAUUUUACUACUGCUGUCCUUGCGGUGUGCGGUCUGCCGACUUGGGCUUUCAUCCUUGCACUGAUCGGUGCCCUGCCGAAGCAGCUCAUCAGCGUUUACGUCGGAGUCGUCCUCGGCAACACAAACGCUUCGACCGACUCGCAUGUCAUAUCUGAUUGCGUCUUUGCUGCGUGCGCCCUCAUCACCAUCGGAGCGCUGAUAUUCAUCUACAAGAGAAUGCUAAAGGUGAGGAGGAAGGUGAUAUUAUCGAUGAGGGAGGACUUGAAGGCGAGGCAUGUGGAUGUGGGGGCGGUUGGUGACAUUCCCGAAGAUGGAGACGGGAUGAGACAGACCAAGAGACAUGGGAUAUGA